AUGGACGAAGAGCCGGAGAGGAGUUUGCUCAAGUUCAGGCUUGAUCACGAGAAGGGACUGGGCCCGGAGGGUAGGACCCUGCACUUUGUGGAGAGGCUUCAGAUUUGGACGAAGCUGAGGCCCGGGGUUAAGAAAUUCCUGCGGCAGGUUGCGUCCAUGUUUGAGGUCCAUGUCAUCACCAUGGGCACCCAGUCGUACGCCGACGAGAUGCGACAGCUGAUCGACCCCGGCAGGCAGCACAUCAAAGGAUCCGUGAUUGGGCUCGGACAGAUGGACGAGUUUGGCGAGUUGCAGCCCGCCGACAAGAAGCGACUGGACGGCGAGCUCUCCGGCCUUGAUUCCAUCGCCGUGGUGCUCGAUGAUCACGUCGGAGUGUGGCCGGAUCACGAGGAAAACCUCAUCGAGAUCGAUCGGUACCUCUACUUCCCGUCGGCGCUGAAGCAGUUCGGGGUUUGGCGGAAUGGGGCGUCCCUGCUGGAGAAGAAGGUUGACGAGAUUGCAGAUCGGAGCACGCUCGCCGCUGCGUUUGAGGUUUUGCGGCGGGUGCACCAGGACUUCUUCGCCGAGAGGGCCGGGCACCUCGCGCUCGCGAACAAAAAGGCGAAGGAUGCCGCGAUGGCGGAGCUCGCCCGGGUGACCGUCCCGGAGAUACUCGCGCUCGAGAAGAAAAAGGUUCUCGCGGGAACCGGGCUGGUCUUCUCCGGCGUGUUCCCGCUGGACGCCCCUCCGCACGAGCAAAAGAUGUGGCGACUAGCGGAGCAGUUUGGCGCCAGGUGCGAGACGCAACCUGGUCCAAACACAUCACACGUGGUGGCGAAGACCUGGGGUACGGGGAAGUGCCAGUGGGCAAAGGAGAACGGCAGGCACGUGGUUUCCCCGGAUUGGUUGUUCUGCUCCGCCUUCUUGUGGUCGAAAGCUGACGAGCGCGCAUUUAACCCACCGGACCACCGCAAAUGA